CAACAUUCGCCAUGUUUAACGUUUAGAACAUUGAAUGGCAUGGCGUGUGAAUGUUUGGUUUCUUGUUACGUGAAUGGCCGGUGACGCGAAGAGGGAUCUGACGCGAUACAAAGAGGAUUUUUUCGUCUGUGAAGUGACGAGAUGAUCCGUAGCGUCGAUCGCACCUCGUAAAUGCGAUCUUUCGGAUCAGAAUGCAUGGACUUUGGGAGAGGAGCAUGUUAAUUAUUUGCGUUCUCUGCUACCACUUUUUCUCUUGUUACGGUUCACCCGUUCUCCUGUUCGCCACUCAUAAGGACAUCCGGGUGACCAAUGUGUCUCGCAGUAACAAGGUCAAUGUCAUCGUCAAAGAUCUCUCGGAGGGUGCAGCUUUGGACUUUUAUUAUGAACGAGGGCUGGUCUGCUGGUCUGACAGCGGCCUGGAGAUGAUACAAUGCAUACGUGCCAAUGGCACUCACACCGGAGAACGUAUGACUGUGGUGAAUUCCAGUCUGAUAUCUCCAGAUGGUUUGGCGUGCGAUUGGUACACAGGCAAGCUAUACUGGACAGAUGGGGAGAAGAACAGGAUAGAGGUGACCAGCAUUGACGGCCGUCACAGAAAGGUCCUCUUUUGGACCGAUAUCUAUCAGCCACGUGCUAUUGCGCUGGCACCUAUGAAGAGUUUCCUCUUCUGGACUGAUUGGGGUGAUGUGCCCAAGAUAGAACGUGCCAGCAUGGACGGUGAUCCGAGCACACGCGAGGUCAUUGUAUCAGACAACAUAUUUUGGCCAAAUGGCUUAACGGUGGACUAUGAGAACGAGCUAAUCUACUGGGCAGACGGUAGACUGUGGUUCAUCGCCGUGAUAGAUUUCUACGGUGGGAAUCGACGCACGAUUAUCAAUCGCGGCUUGGAUUACCCCUUUGCCAUCACAUACUUUGACCAGCGACUUUACUGGACAGACUGGAAGACGUGGUGUAUACAUUCUUACGACAUGCGCCAGUCGCAGGCGAAUCCGCGUGAGCUGUUCCACGGCGAAUACAUACCUGGUGACAUCGAGGUAUGGGAUCCGAAGAGGCAGCCUCACGGCAACAAUCCUUGUCGGCAGAACAACGGCAAUUGUUCUCAUUUGUGUCUUCUGAGCACGUCGAAGCGCGGCUACACCUGCGCCUGUCCCACAGGCGUGAAACUGAUCGACAACUUCACUUGCGCCAAAGGCCCGGGAGAAUUGUUGCUGAUCGUCCAGAGGACGGAGAUCUGUCGGAUAUCCUUAGACUCGCCCGACUACACCAACUUCGUGCUGCCGUUGACUGGCGUCAAGCAUGCCAUUGCGAUCGACUUCGACCCAUUGGACGAAAUGCUGUAUUGGACCGACGAGCAAUCGUUCGCAAUCCGGAGAGCGUAUCUCGACGGCUCGGGACAGCAGGACGUAAUCGUGACGGAAGUGAUGAAUCCUGACGGCAUCGCGAUCGACUGGGUCGCCCGGAACCUUUACUGGACCGACACCGGUACUGAUCGCAUCGAGAUGGCGCGUCUAAACGGCACGAGACGCAAGGUCUUGGUGAACGAGGAUUUAGUGGAGCCGCGGGCAAUUGCGGUUGCGCCCGAUCUUGGCUGGAUGUUUUGGACCGACUGGAAUGAGAAACGACCAAAGAUCGAGCGCAGCAAUCUCGACGGCACCGACAGGGUCUUGCUCGUCGCUAAGGACAUCCUGUGGCCGAAUGGAAUCGCUUUGGAUCUCGAGCGCAUGAAGAUCUACUGGUGCGAUGCCAAGACCGACAAGAUCGAGGUGUCUAACAUGGACGGUAGCGAUCGUCGCGAAGUUAUCACCGACAACCUGCCGCAUCUAUUCGGCCUUAGUCUUCUGGGUGACUAUCUGUACUGGACCGACUGGCAACGACGCAGCAUCGACCGGGCGCACAAACUCACCGGCGGGGAACGCGAAGUGAUCGUCGACCAGGUGCCGAACGUGAUGGGUCUGAAAGCUGUGCAUCUCGGUCGAGUGAACACCAGCACCAACCCGUGUGGACGCGACAACGGUGGUUGCGGCCACUUAUGCCUCAAUCGGCCUCGCAACAAGUACGUGUGCGCCUGUCAGAUCGGUUACGAGCUCACCAAGGACAAACGCACGUGCGUCGUGCCGGACGCGUUCCUGCUGUUCGCUAGAAAGGAUAAUAUCGGGCGCAUCAGCAUCGAGAACGUCAACAAUGAUAACUUUAUACCGAUCACCGGCCUCAAGGAUACUAGCGCUUUGGACUUCGAUUUUAACGAGAAUCGCAUUUAUUGGACGGACAUUAAACUAAAAGCUAUCACACGUGCCUUUAUAAACGGAUCAGAAAUAGAAAGGAUAAUCGAUCUAGGCCUGGAGUCUCCAGAGGGUCUUGCACUCGAUUGGAUCGCGCAUAAUCUUUACUUGAGUGACACUAGCACACGUCGUAUAGAGAUGAUAAGAUUAGAAGGCAGUAUCAGACGAGUUCUUGUAUGGCAGAAUCUUAUCGAGCCCAAAUGUUUGGCUUUGGACCCCGAGAGAGGCCAUAUAUACUGGACGGAAUGGGGCGGUCUAGGAAGUAUCGAAAGAGCAGACUUAGAUGGCACACAGCGGCAUGUGAUCGUGUCGGGUAUCGGUCGAGCGAAUGGUCUCACCAUCGAUCACGCUGCCCGCAAAUUGUACUGGGCCGAUCUGCAAACACCCGCGAUCGACUGCUUCAAUCUGCAAACGAGGCAGAAGGACGCCAUCGUCACGCAAAAUAUAGUGUACCCGUUCAGCAUAACGCAGUAUCGUGAUUAUAUUUAUUGGACGGACUGGAACACCGGUGACAUCGAGCGAGCGGACAAGGCAACUGGCGCGAAUCGCACCAGGAUCCACGAUCAGUUAGAAUCAGUAACGGAUUUGCUAGUGUUCCACGGUUCUCGCCAGCCCGGUUGGAAUCCGUGCGCCGUGGCGAACGGAAACUGCAGCCAUCUGUGUAUCGCCUUGCCCAACGCGAACGGCGGGACGUCAGUCUCGCGCAAAUGCGCCUGUCCCACACACUACAGCCUCGCGCGAGACAAUCGCACGUGCACGCCGCCUAAGCGUUACAUGAUCUAUAGCCUCCGCAACGCGAUGGCACGCUACCUGCCAGACUUGCCGGAUGAUUGCGCGGACGUGGUGUUGCGUCUGCAGGGUGUGAAGAAUGUGCGUGCGAUUGAGUACGAUCCAGUGACGCAGCACGUAUACUGGGUCGAUGGUCGCAAUUUCGUUAUUCGCCGCACUCUGGAGAACAAGACGCAGCACAGCGGCACAAUCGUGGUGUCCGCCGGUUCAGGCCAUCCCUUCGAUCUGGCGUUGGAUCCUCUGAGCAGAUUGCUCUUCUGGUCGUGCAUGGCGAAUGACGUCAUCAACGUGACGCGCCUCGACAACGCUUCCAUGCUUGGAAUCGUGGUGAAGGGCGACGGUGAAAAGCCACGCAAUAUCGCGAUACACUCGCAACAACGGUUGCUCUUUUGGACGGACGUGGGCAAGAAGGUAAGAGUCAUGCAGAGCAAGAUGGACGGCAAGGAGCGCGUGGUGAUCGCUGCAGACUUGGAACAACCGACCGGCCUGACCGUCGACACCGAAGCGAACGUCGUGUAUUGGGCGCAUGGCAAGUUGAUUGAGUGCGCCGACUUCAUGGGCAAAAAUCGAAGGACUUUAGUGACAGUCGCGUCGUCAGGUUUGAUCGCGCAUAUGUCCGUGUUUCUGGACCACCUUUACUGGUUCGAUCGCGAAACUCAAACGCUCGAAAGAGUCAACAAGUCGUCCGGCUUCGGCAAGCGAACGGUCAUGAACCGUAUGCUCGUUAUUGACCUCAUGACCGUUAGUGUGCCGAAUAAUAUGGAGGCGCACGUUUGCAGCCCCUUCAACCAUUACGGCGAUUGCUCGCACUUCUGCAUCGGUACUACUUCGCCGCGCUGCUCUUGUCCGCGCUCACUGGUGCUGUCCGAGGACGGUCGUACUUGUCGAGCGGCGCCGGCUUGUGGCAACGAUCACUUCACCUGCACCGCACCGAGCACAGCGGUGGGUAAGGAUUGCAUACCUGCCACCUGGAAAUGCGACGGCCAAACAGAUUGUCUGGACGGCAGCGACGAGCUUGGCUGCCCCGCGGCUUGCAGUCGCGAUCGUCAUCACAAAUGCGGCAAUCUUUGUAUCGAUAAGAGUUUGGUGUGCGAUGGAACACCGCAAUGCCACGACGGAUCGGAUGAAUCCCGAUGUUGUCGCGCAGAUCAAUUCCAAUGCGUCACAGGCAGUGUGUGCGUAUCCAUGGCAGUUCUCUGUGACGGUUGGGAUGAUUGUAGUGACGGUAGUGACGAGUUAUCGCAGACUUGCGAGGCCGCGCGUCAUCGACAAGAGAAUGUGCCACCAGUCGAGUCCACCAAAGUGACUUAUGUCAUCAUCACCUUGGUGGGUGUAGUUCUGACUAGUGUGACAAUCUUGAGCUAUUACUACUGCCGUAGAAAAUUUACUGGAAACGAAGGUUUACCUGAUAUCCUGCACGAUUCAGCGGGUGACCCGCUGUCUCCAAAACCGAACAGAGUAGUUAAGCCGAUGUUUGCACACAAGAACAACAGGAAGGAUCUUAAAGCAGGCAUGGACGCUGUGAGGAUGUCUAUGCUCAACGGAAGUAGCCUUGGGUCUAGUUAUGACCGCAGUCAUAUCACAGGUGCGUCAAGUUCGACCAGAGGCAGUUCCGCUGGUGGUUAUCCUCAGGAAACGCUGAACCCACCACCGAGUCCGGCGACGAUCGCCAGCUCUACACGUUGCUCGAGCAGCAAUGCCUCCCGUUAUAAACCAUAUCGGCAUUAUCGGAGUAUCAAUCAGCCACCGCCCCCGACUCCCUGCAGCACCGACGUCUGCGACGAGUCGGACAGUAACUAUCCGGCACGCUAUCGUUACGAAAGCGAGCCGUUUCCACCACCGCCGACACCGCGUUCCGUUUACCACAGCGACGCGGCGAUUAGUUGCCCACCGUCGCCCAGUUCCAGAUCGUCGACGUACUUCAGUCCGUUACCGCCACCGCCGUCGCCGGUGCCUUGAGCGUUCACUCAAAAAGCGCGAGUUGACGCCCCUUUUGGAGGAAAUCGCUGAAGACUUGCGGCGUGCAGUAAAGGACUCGCGGCGUGCAGUAAAGGACUCGCGGCGCGCGGCAAAGGCUCGCGGCAUAUGACAAAGGUUGGCGGCUUCGCAGUCUAUGAUACCGCGACUACUCAGCGAACACUGUUCAACGCUGUUCUUCUUUCAAGCCACGUGCCGGUAAAAAUCGUAUACGCCCUACACUUAUGAAACUGCAUUCGAUUUCUCCGUCCGCAUUUACGUUCCCGUUAGAGGACGUGCUUCUCGUACAAUUCGGCAAUCGCUCGAAAUAAAAGUGGUUGUUUUUUAUUCGUGAUGGCAUCGACGGGGGUCGAUCGGGGAUGCAAGUAUCGUAUACUCGCUAUUUACCGAGUUCCGUGGUUCACAAGUUGCUUUGUGAACUCAAAGUCAAACCGAUAACUUCGGAGGAAUUUUACUUCCCAGAAUUAACGAAAAUUGUAUUUGAUAUUAAUUUACGAUGGCCUAAGUUUGCACAAAAUAUGAAUAGUGCUUCGACCCCUUGUCACCAAUACCACCACUGUUGUUGCUGUGGUCCUUUAACGGAUCGCGGGUGUUAAAUUGACCAUUGUGUGACAGAAAAUUUGACAAACAUAUCUGAUCGCUUUGAUAGACAAUGGCUGAAGAUACAAUGAUGAUUUGAGGAGUCCUCUUGUCGAAAUGCGAAUACUCAAGCGGCAAUAAUUUGCGUAAAAACUGUUUUACAGUUUGUUAAGUCUGUCAGAUCUUUUUAUAUCCAUCAUUAAUCCAUUAACGGUUCACUCUCCGCUAUUAAAAUCUAAAUAUUUUAUUAAAAGUAAGAAAUAAUAAUAAUGAGUAUGUGUGUAUAACAUUUCUCUAAAAUUUGUAUUAACUAUUUAGUUUCUAAACUUAUUAGAUUUUAGAAAAUAAAAGUAAUAGAAAAUGAAUAAUCAAAAUAUAUUAAUUUGUGUGGGAAAAAUAUUAAUCUUUAGAAAAUAUAAUCUUGGAUUACUAACAAUUUUAAUUUUAUUUUUUAAGAUUAUAGUUUGAUCUCUAUAUAUAUAUAAUGCAUUUUCUUUUUAGUAUUGUGGGUAGAGGAUUGUGGCCUUUAAUGGAUUAAAUUGUUUCAAAUGUAAUGAGUGACAACUUUUAGACUGAUAGAAGAAACUUUAUUGAUGCAAGUUACCUAUAUGGUAGUCCGUUAUUGCUAGUGUGCAAAAGUAUAACUCUAUAAGAAAAAGUCAAAUGCGUAGAAUGCAACAUUUGAAAAUAGGUAAAAUUAACAUUUCUUGUUUUUUUUUCUAAAUUCGCCUAAUUUCUUAUCCACUUAUACAUAUUUUUACUUAUAUCUUUUUAAAAGUGCUGUCAGGUAUUAAUUUUUUAAUUUUAAAAUUCGACAUUCUUAGGAACCAAAAUUUACGUAAAAAUUAAUUUGUUCAGCCUUUUUUUAUAAGUGCUUUAUAUAAUUCUUAUUUUACCGUACAGUAUCAUCAAUAUAUAACGGAUCACCCUGUAUAAUAAUAAUCAUACCAUCGUGCCUGCUAUUUGCAUUUGAAUAGUUUUUAAUGUACAGAGAAAAGAUUCUCCUAUCACGGUAGAUCUUGUAAAUAUUUACCAUGAACGUGUAAUUUCCAUGAAAUUGCAAAAUACUGUUCUGUAAAAAAUGUACAUGACUAUAGCUUGAAAGAGAGAAGUUCAUUUUAAGUUGCAAAUACUUUAUACAACCAUUUAUCUGUAGUUUUAUUUUAAUUAUUCAUUGCGAUUUCAAAGUAUAUCAUCGGUAAUUAUCGGUAAUAACAUGAUUAUGUUAUCGUUAAUAAUAUGUACAUGUCAUCUUUCUUAAUUGAUCUGGCAGUUAAUCAAAGGCUGCAGCAUAUAUUUUAUUAAUCAUAUUAUACAAUAGGAUUUUUGAUUUUUUAUUCUAGGCGUAGAAUCUAGUUUAUCUGUAAGUUUUCCAAUAACUUGAGUACGAUACGAAAAAAUGACUUCCAAAGUUUCACUACACUUACUGUUUUUUUUUCACGUUAAUAUGCUAUUCGAACAAAUUGCCAUUUUGUUAUUCCGCUGUACGUUUUUACGAAUUUGAUGACAUAUCAUACGCCUACGCAAAUAGAUAUACUCUGGACGAGCACUAAACUAAACGUAAUGAUACGAAAUAAAGAGGAAACUGGGAAUUUUUUUUCAGAAAUUUAACAGUAAUUGCAACUUGUAGCAUACAUUGUACACUUUUACGUUUGUAAUUUAGGCGCACUGUGCAAUGUACAUAUCAUGUUAAUACAACAAUAGCGUUAUAUCUUUAAUGCACACGUCUGUUCCUGUAAGUCUAAUGUCAGUUUCAGGAAACUGUGCCAUAAUUAUACUCGAUAGUCCAACUAUACACGUAAUAUUGUAUACUUGCCAGCUUUGUUGAGCAAAAUAUAUUCGCGAAUAACAUAUGAAGAUUUCGAAUGUGUUUGCAAAUAUAUCUAGCAUAGUGCUAGAUUUUAUAUAUAUAUAUAUAUAUAUAUAUAUAUAUAUAUAUAUAUAUAUAUAUAUAUAAAUUAUAUAAAAUAUAUAUGUAUGAUGUAUCAAUAUAUAAUGCGACAUAUUUAUAUAUAAAACAUUUUAUAUAUAAAAUAUACGUGUAAAACAAAACGUAUAUAUCGUGAGAAUACAUAAAAUAUAUUUACAAACAUAGACUAUGAAAGUUUAGUCUAUAUUUUUCUAAAUUAUUCCAUUGUAUUCUGAAUAAUCCAUCAUUCGCGAAUACAGUUUGCCCAACGCUGGCUACGCUUGUACAAAAUAUACGAAUUGCAAGGACUUUUACCUCGCACUGCCAUUUUGAACAGCCUUGAGGAGAGUAAACGUAUCAAUAAAUUAUUAUUCUUGUUUCACAUAAAAGACUGAAAUUGCCGUCUAUAUUAUUUUUACAUCUUUACAGCUGGCGUACGUUGUCUUACGUCUGUAGAAUAUUUGUACAGCGAAUAAAAAUUGUUGUUAAUAAAUUUCUUUGAGCAAUU